UGAAUCACUGUGUGGGGAACAGAAGAAGCAGUGAGUGAAUACCAGUCAUUUAUCAUGUUUAUUUUGGCUCGCUGAUGGAGAAUGAGAACACCAUUUACCAGACUAUGCAGCUAAAAACAAGCGCAGUAGGCCCUACACCAUCCCGCGCCUUUCCUACUUUAAGUGAGCGGAAAAGAGCGUCCUAGUUUGGCGUGAAGUCUGGUUUUGAACCGCUGGACGCCGGUGAGCCGUAGUAACCGCUUGAGUGCAAGCGCGACAUCUGGCGUAAAAAGUCAUCAUGACAGAUAACCAAAGGACGAUAUUUCGGUGACUUUAAGAGUUGUUUGUGAGUGUUGGAGUUGGUAUUCUUAUGCUCAUGGCUGUCCCUGAACCUGUUGCCACUCGGAGGUUGGCACUGGACUGUCGUACCCUGCUGGAUCACCGCCCGAGUCGUGGAGUGUGUGGUUGUUGUGGAGCGCUGAGGCCACGCUACAAGAGACUGGUGGACAACAUCUUCCCUGAAGACCCUGAGGAUGGAUUGGUAAAGGCCAACAUGGAGAAGCUGACUUUUUAUGCUCUGUCGGCUCCAGAGAAGUUGGAUCGGAUUGGGGCGUACCUGUCUGAGAGACUGUCUCGUGAUGUAGCUAGACACCGUUAUGGGUAUGUGUGUAUUGCGAUGGAAGCCCUCGACCAGCUGCUAAUGGCCUGCCACUGUCAGAGUAUCAACCUGUUCGUGGAGAGUUUCCUGAAGAUGGUGCGGAAACUCCUGGAGGCAGACAAACCCAACCUGCAAAUCCUGGGAACAAACUCUUUUGUGAAGUUUGCUAACAUCGAGGAGGACACCCCCUCGUAUCAUCGCAGUUACGAUUUCUUUGUGUCGCGGUUUAGUGAGAUGUGCCAUUCCAACUAUGAGGACCCCGACUUCCGCACCAAAAUCCGAAUGGCUGGCAUCAAAGGUCUACAGGGAGUAGUGAGGAAGACUGUAAACGAUGAGUUGCAGGCGAACAUCUGGGACCCUCAGCACAUGGACAAGAUCGUCCCCUCACUGCUCUUCAAUCUGCAGUGUGGUGAACGUACAGAGAGUCGCUCUCCCUCCCCGCUGCAGGCCAGUGAGAAGGAGAGAGAAAGCCCAGCCGAGCUGACGGAGCGCUGCCUUCGGGAACUGCUGGGCCGGUCCGCCUAUGGCAACAUCAAGAACGCAGUCACCCCUGUGCUUAUGCAUCUUGAUAAUCACUCGCUGUGGGAAGGCAAAACAUUUGCAGUGCGCUGCUUUAAGAUCAUCAUGUACUCCAUUCAGUCCCAGCAUUCUCAUCUGGUCAUCCAGCAGCUCUUGGGCCAUUUGGAUGCCAACAGUAAGAGCUCAGCCACAGUGCGUGCUGGGAUAGUAGAGGUCCUUCUGGAGGCGGCUGCCAUCGCUGCCAGUGGCUCUGUUGGUCCCACAGUGUUGGAGGUUUUCAACACGCUGCUCCGGCAUCUGAGGCUCAGUGUGGACUAUGAGCUCACAGGAUCCUACGAGUGCACUAACAUCGGCACCAAAAUCAUCAAGGAGCAUGAGGAGAGACAGCUACAGGAAGCCGUCAUCAGGACUAUCGGCUCAUUUGCAAACACGUUACCGACGUACCAGCGUUCUGAGGUGAUGCUCUUCAUCAUGGGAAAGGUCCCUAUUCCAGGAAUGCAUCCCACGCUGCCCUCUACAGGCUCAGGGCCUGAGGGCAACCGAAUGAUCCAAGUAAUGCUGUUGAAGUCCUUGAGACAGGUCACAUGUGGUUUCCAGACGACCAACAUGCUGACAGCUCUUCCCAACUCUUUUCUGGACCCACUGCUGUCAUUUGCUCUGCUAGAAGAUGCAGAAAUUCGACUGUUGGUGCUGGAAAUACUGGUCAGCCUUAUCGAUCGUCAUGACAACCUCCCCAAGUUCUCCACCAUCAGUAUCAUCUCUGAUAUCUCUGUGCUUAAACUCAAAGUGGACAAGUGCUCACGUCAAGACAACCUCUUCAUGAAAAAGCAUGCCCAGCACCUGUAUAGACACAUCUAUUUGUGCAGUAAGGAACAGAGCAGCGUGCAGCCUCACUUUGAGAAGCUCUACUCACUCCUGGCCCUCGUCAGCAUGGAGCUGGCCAACGAAGAGGUGGUGGUGGACCUGAUCCGUGUGGCGCUCGCUCUACAGGACUUGGCUCUGAGCAGUGAGGAGAUGUUACCGGUGUAUAACCGCUGUGCUGUUCAUGCUCUGUCCUCUGCUUACCUUAACCUCAUCAGUCAGCUCACCACAGUGCCAGCGUUCUGCCAGCACGUUCAUGAGGUGAUUGAAAUGAGACAAAAAGAAAGUCCUUACCUGUUACCUGAGGAUGUCUUCAUUGAAAACCCAAAGAUUCCUAAGACACUGGAGAAUCUGGAAGGAGAUUUGUUGUUCCAACAGGCCAAGAUAACUGAGGUUCUUGGAGGAAGCGGCUACAACACUGAGCGACUAGCUACACCUUAUGUCCCACAGUUCACAGAUGAGGACCGGCUGUCAAAAAGAAAGAGCGUUGGAGAAACAAUAUCUCUGCAGGUGGAGGUAGAGUCCAGAAACAGUCCAGAGAAAGAAGAGAGAACACCAGCUGAAGAAAUCACUUUUGAAACACUAAAAAACGCCAUCGUGGAUAGUGUAGGCAUGGAGGAACAGGAGAAGGAACGCAGGAGACAGGUGGUUGAGAAGUUCCAGAAGGCCCCCUUUGAGGAAAUAGCUGCCCACUGUGGUGCCAGAGCUACAAUGCUGCAGAGCAAACUUAAUCAAAUCUUUGAAAUCAGGAUCAGGCCUCCUCCCAGUCCAUCUGGAACCAUCACAUCAAGUUACGGCCAAACCCAGAGUCACUCUGUCCCCGUUUAUGAGAUGAAGUUCCCGGACUUGUGCGUUUACUAGUGCAGCUCAACUCAGGAUUCAGAAACCUUCAGUAGCAGCCAGAGGUGCAGAGAGCUGGAGGGUUUUAAGUAUUAAAUUAUAUUUUGAUGUUUUGUAAUACAGGAAAUCUAAGAGGUCAGCCCUCCUCUAUACUAUAAACCUCAUCGCUGUAUUGUCCCCUGUUCCCCUGUCUACAAGCUGACUACUAAUGAAAGGAUUAUGACCAUUUGGAUUCCUGAUUUAGGAUCAGUACACAUUCAGUUUUCCCUGUUUUCAAAUAUUUCCACAUAUUGGUUGAUACCCUGCACUUCUAUAAUAAAAUCAGCUAAAAUAAAUAUGUAUUUGCAGCAAAAAUCCAGCUUAACUGAGGUGAAAGACCUGAGCAUACCGUGGUCAUAUAUUUAUACCUUAAAAUCAAAAGAAAGAAAUAAUAUAUUUUGAAUGAACAAAACUUUCCUAGCUUCUGAACCAUUAAGAUUUUUUAACAUUGUGACAUUAUUUUCAUGAUAAUCAAACAUAAAAAUAGUUAAACUGUAAAUUAUUUACACAUUAGGAAUUGUCUUUAAUAAUGCUUAUUGUAAUGCUGAUUUCACUUAAAAUCAUUGCAUUAGUUAUUUAUCGUAAUAUAAUAAAACUACAGGAAUUGCACAAUUUUUACAGUACAAAGUACAACAUUAAAUUUAUAUUAAAUUUAAAAAACGUAUUCCAGUAUUAAGACUGAUGAUAUUUUUUAAUUGUCAUAAAAAUAAUGUGAUAAUGUCAAAAAACGAAGGCUCAUAAAUUGGUUUCUAUUUUAAUUUGGCAAUAUUUCUGUUAGAUUCACCUUUAUUCUUUUUAAAGUGGAGUUUCAUAGGUCUAUAUUGAGAAAAAGGGGUAACUGUCAUCUCAUACAUUUUGACAAAUCAAACAAAUGACCUUUCUACCUAAGUGCAAUCAGUAUCAGUGAGGCUCAUUAGUUGCACAAAAUGUCUCUCAAAUGAUUUUCACUUGGUGCUAAUUUCUGUUCCUAGUAGUUUGAGCCUUUAGUAAAUGAACUUUUUAUUGGUAG